AAAGUGAGGUUAUUUUUCUCGAGUAAUCGUAACAGAUCGUAAUUGUACUGUACUCGUAGUUUAGUCAAGUCUCAAGUGUAAUAAAUAUUAAAAAUGUUAAUAACUUAAAUAUGAAACAUGUUUUGGUGUUUUUGUAAUUGAACAUUAAUAAUGGAAGUAAAAAUUUUUGCUUAGUUUAUAUAAAAUAAAUUGUUAACACCUUAUGAGCCAUAUGAGAAGGAAUAUCAAUGUGAGAGAUUUAGAAAAUGAAGCCAGCUGGUAAAGUUCACCCUACAGUUUAUGUAGUGUUUAUAUCACUUUUAUUGGAUUUGUUGGCAUUUACUAUGAUUCUACCACUACUUCCAUCGUUAUUAGAUCAUUACAAAGAGAACGAUAAUACAGGGCUGUAUGAUUGGCUGUCCAAGCAAGUAAAAUACUUUCAGGUGUUAGUAGGAGCUCCAGAGAGAUUCAAUUCAGUGUUAUUUGGUGGAUUCUUAGGAUCAAUGUUUAGUUUUCUACAGUUUUUAGCAUCACCUAUUAUUGGUAGUAUAUCCGAUGUUAUUGGUAGGAAAAAAGUGAUGAUUGUUUGUAUGAUUGGAAUAUCGCUGUCAUAUGUAUUAUGGGCUAUUUCUGCUAAUUUGUUUAUAUUUGUAUUGGCUCGGUUUCUUGGAGGACUCAGUAAAGGUAAUGUUUCAAUAAGUAUGGCUAUAAUUGCUGAUGUAUCUCCAGUGAGCACAAGAGGCAUAGGGAUGGCUUUAGUUGGAAUAGCAUUUUCACUGGGAUUUAUUAUAGGACCAAUGAUUGGGGCUCUUUUUGCAGUAUGGGCCAAGCAAAAAACAGGCCAGUGGUUUAUAGCUCCUGCUCUAUUUGCUCUAUGUCUCUCCAUUGCAGAUUUGUUAUUUUUUUUAAUAUUUUUUAGAGAAUCUUUGCCUAAGGAAAAGAGGACAAAACAGUUUUUAGCAAGUUUUAGAAAUGCAAAAGUAUUAUUAAAUGUACAAGAUCUAUUUAAAUUUACAGCCGUUACAAGUAUUAAAGAAAAAGACUUAAAGCAACUUCAAAGACUGGGACUCAUAUACUUUGUCUAUUUGUUUAUAUAUAGUGGCUUGGAAUUUACAUUAACAUUUUUGACACAUCACAUAUUUAAUUAUACAUCAAUGCAACAGGGUUGGAUGUUUUUUGCAAUUGGUUUGACCAUGGCUCUUAUACAAGGAGGAUAUGUAAGAAGAAUUCCUGCUGAAAAAAUAAAAUCUACAGCUAUAAUGGGUUUAUGGAUUAUUAUCCCAUCAUUUGUAAGUGUCGGGUUGGCUAAUGGACCUACUCUAUUGUAUCUUGGUUUAUUUUUGUAUGCAGUAUCUACAGCUAUGGUUGUUCCUUGUUUAACCACUUUAGCUUCGGAAUAUGGCAGUGAACAGCAGAAGGGUAAAGUUUUAGGGAUUUUUAGGUCACUGGGUGCCUUAGCAAGAGCCGUGGGGCCUGUUUUUGCGAGCAUUGCUUUUUGGAGUCUAGGCUCAAAAGUCACGUAUCUAUUUGGAGCAGUAUUGUUACUUUGGCCUGUAUUGGCAUUAAAAAAGUUAUGAUAUAUAGUAAAAUCAUUUUAUUUUUUACUAAUAUAAUUGUUAUUUAUUUAUAUGUACAGUUUUAUAGAACUUUUUGUAUAAAGAGAUGUAAGAUAUACAAGGUACUCAAGGUACCCAUGCAUUUUUAAAUACUAUUUAUUAUAAAUACUUGUAUAUUAUAUCAAAGCAGAUUAAACGUAAAAUUUAAAAAUGUUUGAAGCUAUUCGCUUAUUUUUAGAACAAUAAUUGUGAUACGCAUUUUACAUUCAUCUUUUGCUAGUAAAAUACCAAGAGUGUUGAUAUUAUUUGUUAUAUUCUUGAUAAAUGUUUUUAUAGUAUUUCCAUUUUUUUAAAUAUAUUUACCUAUAUUAUAAGUCACUAUGCAAAGAAGUUAUUUUUAUAAAUAAUAUGUUUUUAAUUAUAAUUAGCUAAAUAAAAAUACAAUGCAAAAG